AUGGACUUUUGCAUCUUUCUCAAUGGCUUUCCCUUGCCAUUUGUUGAACUUUUGGAGAAGUCCAAUCCUCUUGUGGGCAGCCACAACAGAGGGGUUCAUCCUUGGAGCCUCAUACUCCUCAAAGUAAUAGCACUCAGGCUCACCCAAAUCCGCACUUCCUCGAGCUUGUCCUCAGCUCGAUCCUCAGCUCGAUCGAGCUCGAUCUCUUCUCUUGCAAAUCCGCUUCAUGCCCAACUAAGUGUACACAGGGGGUCUGAAGUCAAUGUUCUCACCCCUGACCUGUGGUUGGUCUUGCAAAACUUGAUGUCCAUCCAACCUGGUGGAGUGGACCUUCUCUUGUCAGUUGGGUUCACUCCAGCUGCACAAGAUGGUGUGAUGACCCCUCCAACACUUAAGCUCUUCCUCGUUGAUGCCUAG